UUCAUAAUAUAAAAUAGUACCUGCCAAAGGCAUUAAUAAUGGCAGAAAAGGGGGGAUUUAAGGGAGAUAUUAAUCUCCCAGGAGGGAGUUUUUCAAAGCUAUUAUUGUCAUCAUCUGAUGAUGUUGAAGAAAGCUCCAUUUAUGUCCCAGUUUUACCUCCUCUAUUUUCUUCUACUACACCAAAAAUGCUCUGUUUUGGUGAUUUUAAAUCUAAAAAUAAACCAAAGCUUAGUGCAAAUACUAAUAUCACUACUCCAAUUAACAAUAAGAGGACAAAUUGGUCUGGUUCGGGUGAAGAAUCAAGGCAUGAGUCCGGGUCAGGAAAUGGUCAGAAUCAGAAGGAUAGGUUGAAGAAGAAUAAACCAGAAGUCGGGCCCAUUGUUACUUGUUCACCUGGACAUGCAAAGGUCAGGAAAGCAAAGCGGGUGAAACUCGGAGAGAGGAUCAGUGUAUUGCAGCAACUUGUAUCUCCCUAUGGCAAGACAGACACCGCUUCAGUAUUACAUGAAGCAAUGGGUUACAUAAGAUUUCUACAUGAACAAGUGAAGGUGCUUUGUACACCUUAUUUAAAUUGCUUGCCUUCUCCAUCUUCGGAGUCUCCGUGUCAAUCCCUUUCAGAAAUUGAUGCAACAAAUGCUAAUAAGAAGAAUUCAAGAGAGGGUUUAAGAAGCAGCGGCCUGUGCUUGGUUCCGGUGGAAUGCGUCAUUAAGGUUGGCGAUGGGAAUGGCGCUGAUUUCUGGUCAUCUGUUACAAUAAGCACAUCAAGGCCAUGAAACCUUUUUUUUUUUUUUUUAGGAAUCGUUCUUUUUGGCUAGAAGUACAGUCAGUAACUGUAAUGUUUUGUGCAUCUAAUUAGAAGUAAAGAAGAUAUGUAAAUUUUGUGUAGCACAUACAUCGUCAUUAAAGUAGAAAGUAUCUUCUUUUGUCCAAUGAAAGAUCCUAGGGAUAGUUAGGUCGUAUUGAUUUUGGACGACGUUAUAAAAAAUCUUAUGUACCUCAUUUUGGCCGCGAAAAGUAUAAUGUA